AUGCUCUACGGUCCAAAUGCUGCAGGAAACCUGCUAUCUGUUUUUAGUUGUCUCUUCACAGCCUUCCUUCAGACGCAAGGUUUCACUUGUGGAGUUGAUGAUCUUAUUAUUUUGAAAGAUGUGGAUGAAAAGAGGACGAAUCAACUCGAGAGUGUGAAGGGGUUGGUGAAAAAGUACUUCAUUACUGUCUUCCCUGCAGAUCCUCAGGACAUGACAUCAAGAAUUGAGCGAGUUCUGUAUGAGGAUGGCGCACUUGCUUUGGCAUCUUUGGACAGGAGCGUCGUAAGUGAGCUCAACCAAUGUUCAUGCAAGGGGGUGAUGAACGAUUUGCUCUCUGAUAGGUUGUUGAAAACAUCUGGAACGAAUUGUAUCUCUCUGAUGACAAUAUCUGAGGCUAAGGGAAGUAAGCAAAAUUCUUCUUACCUUGGCCAGCAAGAUUUAAAAGGAAAAAGAGUUCCCCAGAUGGUUUCAGGGAAGACAUUACAUUGCUUCCAUCCAUGGGAUUGGUCACCUAGAGCUGGAGGUUUUAUUAAUGACAGAUUCCUUAGCGGUCUUCGCCCCCAAGAGUACUACUUUCAUUGUAUGGCUGGACGAGAAGGGUUAGUUGAUACUGCAGUGAAGACAUCGCGUAGUGGGUAUCUGCAGAGAUGUUUGAUGAAAAAUCUUGAGAGCCUGAAAGUCAAUUAUGAUUGCACGGUCCGGGAUUAUGAUGGGUCCAUCAUUCAGUUCCAAUAUGGUGAAGAUGGUGUGGAUGUUCAUAAGUCUAGCUUCAUUGGAAAGUUCAAUGAAAUGACAGUUGUAAGCAUUUCUUUCAAACGAAUCAAGAUAUGA